GAAUUUUUUAAACAGCCACUCAUUUAACUAAUUACUAAGUCGAUAACGUAUAGUGAUUGUGUAAUACGGAUCAUGGUUGAAAUGCAGCGAUCGUUUGGAGAUCAAGUGAAACUAUCAAAGUCGUACAAUAACUAACUACAGUGUCAUUUUCAUCAUUUUAGUGUGCAAAACGCUGGCAGAAACAUGGUUAAGGCAAAGAAAUUUGUAUUGGUAAAUGGAUUUAAUAAUAUGCCUAAAGAAGAAGACUUCAAGUUGGUUGAAGAAGAUUUGCUCGGCCCGCAAGAAGGAGAGUUUUUGGCGGAAGCCCUGUAUUUGAGCGUCGAUCCCUACAUGAGAGCCUACGCUCACCAACUGAAAGAAGGGAAGACCAUGAUAGGGGUGCAAGUAGCCAGAAUUUUGGAGUCAAAUAACAAAGAAUUUCCCGUUGGAAAAUAUGUAGUGGGAAAUUUUGGAUGGAGCACGCAUACUAUUUGCAAUGGUUUACGGUCGACUACGCAAUCAGAGGUCGAUCAUUACCCAUAUGUACUGCCGGACAUUGGACAACUUCCCCCAUCCUUAGGUUUGGGAGUGCUAGGUCUGACGGGAAAUACGGCGUAUUUUGGAUUUACGGAGAUAUGCAAGCCGAGAGCGGGCGAAACUGUGGUUGUGACUACAGCCGCGGGCGCUGUAGGCAGUCACGUUGGACAGAUUGCAAAAAUCAAAGGAUGUCGCGUUAUUGGAAUCACCGGGUCUGAUGAAAAGUGCCUGUGGCUAAAGUCGAUCGGAUUUGACGCUGCGAUUAAUUACAAAAACGCAAACUGGAUUAAUGCGUUAUCGGAAGCGACACCAAGGGGCAUAGAUUGUUAUUUUGAUAAUGUCGGAGGGGAGAUUAGCAGCACGAUCAUACAACGUAUGUGCACAGACGGAAGGGUAGCCGUGUGUGGAUCAAUUUCUUCAUACAACUGCGACGUACGCCAACUUCCUAAGGCCACUAUGAUACAACCGUGGAUAGUAUUUCAUCAAUUAGAAAUAAAAGGCUUCGUCAGCAACAACUGGAGUCGUCGGUGGAUGGAGGGGAUCAAAGAAAAUUUAAAAUGGGUUCAGGAAGGAAGGUUGCGCUACAAAGAAACGAUCACGGACGGAUUUGAAAAUAUGCCAAAGGCUUUUAUUGGACUUCUAAAAGGUGAAAAUAUAGGAAAAGCAAUUGUUAAGGUGUAAAGGAUCUCUCCUACCCUCUGUCUUGUAAUAAAUAAUUUUGUAAUAAACUAUUCUUUUUUAUAGUA